CAGACAUCUUCUCAUGCGCCAUCACUGAUGCGUCUGUCUAGUUCCUACCACCGCGACGUACCUGUCUUGGAUACAGCUUUUUGUAACUAUUCCGUUUCUAGUGUGCUCAAUUCACUGCAUUUUCUCUAUGUCGAGAAAUAGGUUUCUGUGUGCCGCUCAAACAAUCGACCGAACUGCAUAUGGGAAUAACAGAAUAGUAUAAAAUGCUUGCAAUUUGGCAGGCAUGAAUCACAUCCCCUCUUUCUUUCAUUUCUCUCUCAUAUUUUCUCAUAUCAUAUACUAUGCGGUAUAAUACCUUAACUAUCUUGGCGGCUCUGCUUGGGAAAUCGUUUUCUACGCCGUUGAAGCGCCAAGUAACAGGAAUCACAUCUGAUGCUGCCGCUUUCGCGCAGAGUUCGUUCGACUACGUGAUUGUCGGGGGCGGCACCGCCGGUCUCGUACUAGCUGCUCGUCUUAGUGAGGACGGUGCCGUGAACGUGGGUGUAAUUGAAGCUGGAGAGACUCGCUUUGACGACGCUGACGUCAAUACUCCCGCUUAUCUCGGGCAAGCAUUAUUCAACCCUCUUUACGAUUGGGCAUAUGAGACCGUUCCUCAAGCCACCCUCAACGGUAGAAGUGUCUCACUCAAUCUUGGUAAAAUGAUUGGUGGCGGAAGCGCUUUGAAUUUUAUGAUCUGGCAAAGAGGUUGUCAAGGGGACUACGACAAUUGGAGCCAGCUCGGGAUUGAAGGAGGAUGGGAUUGGGCAGGAUUGCUCCCUUACUUUGAGAAGACAGAAAAUGUUACUCCCGGGCCUUUAGACACACCCUACAACUUCACAGAAGCUUCUGGAUCAGGGGAUGGCGAAGGGAAAUCUGGGCCGCUUCCCGUGGGCUACAACAACUUCUACAGUACUAUUGAGGGCCCAUACGCUCAGGCUCUAAUGUCAUUAGGAGAUAAUGGUGAUACGACUGGUUUGUUCAACAGCGCUGCUAGUGUUGACCCUGCGACUGGAAAUCGAACUUACUCUGGUCGCAACUACUUGUUACCGAAUGUUGGCCGAUCAAACCUCGCUGUACUGACGGGUGCUCAAAGCGGAGGAAAUGCUACAGCAACUGGUGUCCAGUUUACGGCUAAUGGAACCAACUACACUGUGUCUUCGCGCAAGGAAGUUAUCCUAAGUGCUGGUAGCCUGCAUACACCUCAGUUGCUGGAACUUUCUGGUAUUGGUGACGAAGCUCGUUUGACUGCUUUGGGUAUCCCAGUUGUAGUCGCCAACUCGGAUGUUGGAGAGAACUUGCAGGAUCAUCAAACAUUGAAUUCCGGAUUCUUGCUCAAUGAUCCCGAUGUCCCGACUGUCGACACACUCUUUUCUAACGCUAGCUUUGCGGCCACGCAGGAGGAGCUUUAUCUCACCAACCACACUGGUUUCUUCACAUACACUCCCUCCGCCCUCUCCUUCCACCCUUUACAACAAUUCUGGACAGAGGAUGAGCUCGACACUGCGCUAGCUCAACUUCAAACCGAAAUCACCCAAGCCAAUCUCAGCACGUUCAUCAACAAACAGUUCCAGCUGCAAAUUGAUGGUAUCAAACAAGGCGUAGUGGGACAAAUGGAACUGCUGUUUGUUGCUGGGGUUCUCGGUGCAUCUUCAACAGAUCAGGAAAACUUCGUUGACAUGUCCAAUUUUGCAUCGAGGCCUUUCAGUCGUGGCUCCGUCCACAUAAACACCACUGAUCCUCUUGCACCUCCUCUGAUCGAUACUGCUUAUUUGCAAUUCUCGUUCGGCAAGUAUAACCUUCUAUACAAAGAAGUUCUUGUUAAGGGGGCUCAGGUCACCCGUAAUCUUUCGCAGAUUGCUCCUCUCUCGAGUUUCAUUGCUAGCCCUCUGAACCCUUCAGCGAACGUCACCACUGACGAAGAUUUCGAAAACUUCGUUAUUGAGAACGUCGGCACAGAAUGGCAUCAAGUUGGCACCGCUUCCCUUGGUCCUUUCGGAGAGGGAGGUGUUGUUGCCAGCGAUUUGAUUGUCUAUGGAACCUCUAAUCUUCGAGUCGUAGAUGCAAGUAUCAUGCCCAUGCAAAUUGGAGCACAUAUCCAGGCAACUGUUUACGCCAUUGCCGAGAAGGCCGCCGACAUUAUCAAAGCCGCUCAGUAGACCUUACACACCGUCCCAACGCCGACAUGGACUUCUGUUGAAACUCUUAAACUUUCCUUAUUUGUUAAGCUAACGCUCCUGUCGUUAAGAUAUUGCAUCUGGACAAACUAUCAGCCUUCACUAGGAAUUUCUCUUUACCUCUACAUAGAUCUAUCCUACCAUUCUACCAUAUAUCAAUCUCUUCUUGUAAUUAGCAUUGCGGCCAAUUUCGGGGCUUUAUAUAAUUAUCGUGUAAAAUAACACUCCUCGCUACUACAUACACCUACCACUCAAGAAUAACAGACUUCUCUUUCCC